GUGCGCAACGUUGAUGCAGGCGAAUGUCGACUCUCCACCCGUGGCUCCCGAGACCAAUGGCGCGCCUGCGACCGACGACAAGGUCGUCCUAGAUGAUGGGGAGCACAACGAGAUACACGACAGUCCGGACGAGAUGAGCAUCGCUGAUGAUGGCCGGACUAAUGAUCCCGCCACUACGUCAGGGAGCGAGGAGUCGUCCGACGAGGAGGAAGAUGAAGAUGAUGAGCAACAAGAGGGAGACGAGGAGCAGACCUCCGGCUCUUCCAGCGUGCAAGAUACAUCGACGAAAGACGGGGCACAAGAAUCAGAAGGGGACGAGAGCGAGGAGGACGAUGAGGACGACGAAGACGUCGAACCGGCACUGAAGUACGCGCGCCUCGAAGGGGAUGUACCAAAGCUAUUCCUCAAGGACUCUGCGUCGGCACUGGCCAUAUCGCAGAAGGACAAACGUAUAGUCAUAGGCACUCAUGCUGGCGUCGUCCACAUCCUCGACCUCAAUGGUACCCGUGUCAAGUCCUACAAGAAGCACCUCGCGAGCAUCACAGACAUUGCUCUCGACGAAGACUUCAUAGCGACGGCCUCCAUGGACGGCCAUGUCUUCGUCCUAUCCCUCACCUCCCCCGAGACCCAAGACCUUGACAUGCGCCGCCCCGUGCGCACCGUCGCGCUCGAGCCCGGCUUUUCCCAACAUACUACGCGUGCCUUCGUCUGUGGCGGCCUUUCCGGCUCCCUCGUCCACCGCGAGCGCGGUUGGCUCGGCCCACGCGAAACCGUCCUGCACACCGGAGAGGGUCCCAUCUGGCAGGUGCGCUGGCGCGGCAGGCUCAUCGCCUGGGCCAACGACAUCGGCGUGAAGAUCUACGACACCGCGUCGCGCUCGCGCAUCACCUUCAUCGACCGGCCGGCGGACAGCCCGCGCGCGGACCUCUUUCGGUGUACGCUGCACUGGCAAGACGAUGCAACGCUGCUCAUUGCGUGGGCGGACCUGAUCAAGGUAGCGCGGGUGCGAGCGCGUACGACAGGCCCCAAUGCAGGUGUCUCGGACGCACCUUCGCUCUUCGUCGAGAUCACGGCCGUUUUCCAGCUAGACUGCAUGGCAGCCGGUAUCUUGCCCCACCCAAUGCCCUCCGGACCCUCAGUUAUAUAUGACGACCACCGCAGCGUCAGCUCCCAGCAGUCCAAGACACACGCCACUCGCACCCUCACUUCCCUCCUCGUCCUUGCAUAUUACCCCCCCGAUACCUCCAUCCUUCGAGCUGACGACGCUCCUGCGGACUCUUCGACGCAGAAGCGCAAGCUCGCCGACCGUCCAGAGCUGCGCAUCAUCUCGCGCUCGGGCGAGGAGCUCGCGAAUGACGCACUCAGCGUGGCCGGAUACCAGUCCUGGCAAUGCAACGACUACGCAUUAGCUAAGGUGGAUGGAACCACCCCGGAGACGGACGCGGGCGGUGACCAAUGCUACGUUGUCCUGAGCCCGCGGGAUAUCGUGAUCGCGAGACCGAGGGAUGCUAGGGACCAUAUUGCCUGGCUUGUGGAGCGAGAGCGGUAUGAGGAGGCGCUGGAGGGUAUCGAGGAGCUGAGUCGGGAUAGUAAAGAUGCGCGGGAUGAGGAGUUGAAUGCCGUGGCCAUCGGCACGAAGUACGUUGACUACCUCAUUCGCCAAGGCGAGUACGAGAAGGCAGCACGCUUAUGUCCAAAGGUCUGCGGGCACGACUCAAAGCGAUGGGAGCACCGGAUAUUCGUCUUUGCGGAAAAGAGGCAUCUACAGGCUGUCAUUCCUUUCGUUCCUACGGACGCUCCCCGAUUGGAUCCAGUGGUAUACGGAAUGAUCUUGGGCUAUUUCCUCAGCCACGACCGACAAGCGCUGGUCCACACCAUUCAGACCUGGCCUCGGGACAUCUACGAUAUUCCCGCCGUCAUCGUCGCUGUCCAAGCGGACCUCGAUCGGGCGGCGUACUCUGCGCCGUCGAGCACCGAUACCCGGCUACUCAUGGAGGCUCUCGGUGAACUUUAUGUAGCAAAUCGUCAGCCAGGGAAAGCGCUUCACUACUUCCUGCGUCUCCGCCGCCCCGACGUUUUCAACCUCAUCAAGGACCACAACCUCUACACCGACGUGCAGGAUCAAGCCCUCCUACUGGUCGAGUUCGAUGCUGAGUUGAUGAAGAGGAGGCGGGAUGCCGGUGAGACUGUAGACGACCGCGACAGCGAGGCUAUCCGGCUUCUUGUCGAUCACGAACAUUCGAUACCUACUGGUCGCGUCGUUCAACAACUGGGAAGACGCCCAUACUUCCUCUUCCUGUACUUGAGCGCGCUGCUGGAGCGCGACCCGCAUGUCGCUAGCGACUACGGGGACCUUCUGGUCAAGCUCUUUGCGGAACACGAUGCCUCCCGGUUAAUCGGGUUCCUGCGUGCCAGUUCGGAGUACAACCUAGAGAGGGCCUACAAAGUCUGCCAGGAGCGCGAUCUUGUUCCGGAAAUGGUCUUCCUGCUAGGUCAAAUGGGCGACAACAAGAAGGCUCUCACCCUCAUCAUCGAGCGUCUCGGCGACGUCAACCGAGCUAUCGACUUCGCAAAGGAGCAGAACGACCACGACCUUUGGGAGGACCUCCUGAAGUACUCAGAGACGCGCCCUGCGUUCAUACGCGGCUUGCUGGAGAACGUCGGCCCAGAAAUCGACCCCAUUCGCCUUAUUCGCCGCAUCAAGAACGGGCUUGAGAUCCCUGGGCUAAAAGAAGCGCUAAUCAAGAUUCUGCAAGACUUCCAUCUGCAGAUAUCGCUGCUCGAGGGUUGUCAGGCGAUACUCAACAGCGACAACAUGCAGUUAUCCCGAAGGUUGCAGAGCAAUCAGACGAGCGGGUUCUUCCUAACCGGCAAGAGUACAUGCCCCGUUUGCGAGAAGUCCUUACCGAACAACGCGCAAGGCGUCGUCAUCCUUUUCUUUUGCCGCCAUGUCGCGCACGCUUCGUGCGUCGACGGAGGUGAUAAUCUGCCUGUAUUCGGCGACACCGUACUGCGCAACGUUGGCAUGGGCAGUACGACGAAGGGGAUGAGUAGCAAGAUCGCAUUCGAAUCAACCGUCCGCGCGCGGCUUGCGCACGUAUGUCCCUUGUGUCACAGACGAGCAGAGGGCCAACGGACAUGAAGGAUACCAUCUACUGUACCAUAACACUGGCGCCUCCUGCUCGCCAGGUUACCCAGCUCUAUAUAUACCCUUUCAUUCCGACCUCGCACUUCAUCAGGGAAUGCCCCGUCGGUAUCGUGACGUCUUCAAAACUAUGUGACACUGUCGUAGUACUCGCGCGUGCGCAUUGCCCCGGUAGGCUCGGAUAGUCGACCAUAGCUGCGAGGCGGAGCCGCAUAGCACCUCGUAGUCAGCUGUAGGAGUCCACACCAUUAUUAUCCACGUCGUAGUUGACUGCUUCAAUAUACAGUGCUCGAUAGAGCAUACUUAGAUGUUUCGGCAGCGGCGCGAACUAUCAGCGCACUUGUACUACUGUAAAUCAUAGCACUCGAGAGUUUGAGUUAGUGCUAAGUCAAUUAUAUGGAUGACUCCUACAGCUAACAUGAAGUAAGAUACUAUUAUAAAGGCCUCACGCCGCC